CUUUAGUCAGACAGAAAAGUACAUCCAAGUCGGGAAAGACCGACCAGACCUGAGGGUUCAAAUCAGUUUGAAGCAAGCUCGUGACCCAGACCCAUUGACGGCCGAAGCUGAUCUUUUCGACACAACAAGCGGCGCCAUCGACGUGAACAAUCAAAACCAAAGACAAGGCAACAGAUUCAGCGCAGACUUCGAGAUGGGGAGAACGAUCGAUCAAGAUGUGCAUGCGGCGUUUGUGGAAUUCAAAGCCAAAGAGGAUGAUAAGUGCAUGUCGGUUCAAUGUAUCUAUUGUCACCAGAUCCGAGCAAAGAACACGUCGCGGCAGAAGCAGCAUCUUCUCGAGUGCCCUGGAUUACAGAAUCAUCCCAACGCACCUCGACCUCAAUCAUCAGGUGAUGGUAUCAGCAGCACCAAUGGCUUCGCCCCGUCAUCAUCCAACAACAUCCACACCAACAAUGCCCUGUCCGCGCAUGGCACUCCCAUGCAAUCUAUUCCCAAUGGCACCGCCAUUGCCCUUAACACUCCUCAAGGCAGUUCGUCGACCCCGGUGAGACCGACUUCGAAACCGCCUCAAAAAACGCCCAAAACUACCCCGGGGUCCACCCUGCCUGCACCUCCCCUCGACGACGUCCAUGCUGCCUUUGUCGAGUUUCGAGCCAAAGAGGAGGACAAGUGUCUGUCGGUUCAAUGCAUCUAUUGCAAUCAGAUCCGUGCCAAAAACACAUCAAGACAAAGACAGCAUCUGCUCGAGUGCGCUACAUACCAAAAUGUCAUGAAAGAAUCUAUUCCAGCCAACAAUCUGUUACAUCGUUUCGACGAAGGAGACAUUGCUCGUUCUUUGCAGCUCCCUACUCCGACCCUUGACCUUGAUUUCCGUAUCAGCAUCAAGCUCAACCCCAAGAUUGCAGUGGGGUCGGUGCUGUAUGGCCACCGCGACUGGGUCAGUGUCGUGGGAGGACAGUGGGCUGGUCGAUGGGGUAAAGGGUUGGUUAUUGUGAGAACACAUCAUUGUAUUCAAAGAUAUUGGACUCGUGCUGACUAAAACACAGCCCGGAGGUCAAGAUAACCAAUUGGUGGUUAAAGACCUAACAACCCGAGUGGAUGCCACUUAUUUGCUACAGACCAACGAUGACCCGCCGGCGUACAUCACAGCGCGGUCGCGAGGAUGGCGUACUGGACAGAAGGAGGUUCUUGAACGUCUGAAUGAUCCCAUGGAGGCCAACACGGUGCCUGCCAACCAAUAUCGAUUCCGAAUGACCGUCGAGCUGGAAACAGGAGACGAAAGGUAUUCAUUCGUCAACUCUUGCAUCUGGGUCGGCAGCGCGUGUCGUAGGAGCAACGAAGGUAAGAAGGAUCCACGUUUUUGCAAGAUUAUAGGAAGCUUCGUGGGAACCACAGCUGACUCAUUGGGGUUGCUAGUCAUUUACGAUGCCUAUCGUGUGCUUUGAGAGCUUCUGACUAAAUAUGUUAUGUCAUUCGUUUCUCGCCAGGUAAGUAAGGUACAGAUUGAAAAUUGGGUUUGUUUCUUGAGAAUGCACUAUUCAUGAGACAUGGAAAUGGAGUUUCUACUUUGUCAGUGCACGAGUCAUGGAUUUGAUGCAAAACCGUGUCGCGCCAGAUAUCGAUAGUAUCUGCGGGGAGGCGCACGUGGAAGCAUGGUGUGUUCAAACUUAUGUGGUUCAACGAAUGUUCGGGAUGUAGUGUACGUCUGCCACCUAUGGACAGAGUCUUGACUUUGACGAGUAGCGAGCUGUAGGAUUGACCCACGUGUCGGGAGCCACAAGCCGCAAAUAGAUGUUGAACGGGUGACACGAGAUUGCCUGGGCACAAUUACAUGGACAGAUUUCUGAACAAGGCUCCAUAGAUAAAUCCACACCCAAGAUAUACGAAUAGCGUAUAUCCGCAGGCAGGAAUUGAGACAUGUCACACGGUGAUGAUAAUGCACGACACAGGACACAGCACUUUCAACAACUGGGUUAGGGAGGGUUUUAUUUUUCCAUGUCCAAGAAAGCACGACAUUACUUGGCGAGCAGCAAGCGAGGAGUCCGGUUCGCAACUCUAUUGACUUGGGAGGGGAUUGCCAUGUUGACGACUUAGUGAAUAAGGUAGUUUGCAUUGCCCAGGGGUGCC